AUCGAGGGAGACGCCAUAUUGUUGCUUCUCGCCAAGCUCUUGCACUACUCUUCGAAAACCCCGACGUAUAAGAGCGUCGAUUGGGUAUUUUUAUCGGUAUUUUUUAUCAUUUUUUCAAUGUAUGCAAUCGGAAAUAUUCCUUACCGAGGUUAUGGAGUAUUUCAGCUAAAAAUACCAAUCUUUCACUCGAUACGAACGGGCUGCGUCAGAGAUAGAUACAAGAUGGCGGAUCGUGGAUUUUGGCAUGGAUAGCGAGCGAGCCUCCAGUAAAGGUAUCGUCCAGUUUUUGUGAUCAGUUUAAUACUGCAAGUUGGUACGCGAAGGAAUGCUACGAUAUAUUUAGAAAUUUCAUAAUCGUGCGGUAUGCCUUCCUUUGUACUAUAAUACUGCGGAAGAUGUAGGAGGCACUCAAUUAACUCGGGUACUUUCCCUCCCAAGAGGCAGACCUUUUCCUCUGUCUGCCUUACAGUUUAACCAUGCACCUUUCCUAAUUACAUUCAAGAACAGUUUUCCAAUGUUUCUUUUUUACAUUUCGGCUCUGUUGAUACCUUAUCUUGUGAAAAAAUUACAUUUUCAUCGUCAAACACUAUCAACGUAUUGUUCACGAAAAAUGUGCAAAUGAAGCACUUUUUAAACGUGUUCCUUCAGUUUCGGGUUUAACUUCGAAAGCAUGGAUACAGCUUUGCUUUGUAGAAUCAAUCAUAAAUUUAAGAAGAAUUUGCCGUUAAUCUAUGUGAGCUUAAUGCUUUUGGUGAUAGAACCGAGUUAAGAUGUUUGCUUCAAGCGCGCAUUUCAUGGUGGCGUUAGUUGGCCGAUUUCCUGUAGUUUCCUGUUCCACAAUGCCAUGAGGUCAUUCAUCUUCCUGCGUUUACAAGAAGGCCUCUACUUCCUUUUAGAAUUUUAGUUGCACGUAACAAUUCGAAGUUUCAAUUUGGAGUAUAUUUGAAGAUUAUACACAGUUGGGAAGUUUUACAAGCUAUGCCUCAUUCGACAAAAAUAAACGGUAAAUUUAAACGGUAGUGCAUGGCAUCAUUCUAGUUUUCUGUGGUUUAUACCCCUCAAUUUGUGUUCUAAACAAGUAAGACCAUCAUUUCUCAUUUCUUAAAGAACAGUCCUUCACGAAACACUGUACAUUCUCAAUACUAUAUGAGACAAAAUUUGUUUGUAAGAUUUGGGUUACAAAUUUCGUAUUAUAGCUUUAAUUUUACACUCUAUCUUUGAUUCUUUGAUUCUUUGAUUCAACCACUGAAGUCUCAUUUUUGUUAAACAUUUUUUUUUGUUACUGGACUCAGUUUACUUGAAAAUAGGAAUACAGGUAAAGAGGACUUUUUAAAUGGUUAAACUUAACUCUAGGUAUCUACAGAAGCUAGAGCUGGUAAAGAGAGAAGAACUUUUAAUGAAGAAGAGAAAUUUGAUAAAGAUGAGUGCUGGGUGACAGGACUCAAAAUUCUAUUCAGUUGCUUUCAGGAAAAAAAUUGUGCACCUACAUUGCAUGCAUAUUGUUGUGAUUAUAACAAGCACUAAUUAUAUUAUGUUAGUAGUUUUAAUUUUUUUUAUUCUUUCAGACUUGAAACAAGCAGGAGCAAGUCUGGAUUAAUUCACAGACCAAAAAUAAACAUUUGAACUGCCAUGACAGACAUGAAAGAUGAAUCAGAAACAUUGAAUACAUUGGAAAAGUUUACUAGUUUACAGAAAGAGAUUGCAAAGUUAAAGCAAGAGAAUAAAGUUCUUCACAUUCGCGCUCAAGGAGUGGAAGUGUUAGGUAAUUGUACCAGAACAUGAACAGGAAUUUUGUAGGAUUAAUUUGAAUCUAGAUACACCAGUUGCUUUGUGAUAAGAUUUAAUACAUGGGGAAUAUUUAGGCGCAGUUCAAUUCUUGGUGCAUUUAGAGUGUUUGACUUACAUCUAAACCAGGGUUAUAAUGAUUAUGUUUGGUAGUGGCAUGUACAAUCAUUCUGACUGGUAUUUUGAUUGAUGCAACUCAAGUUAUACCUGAAUAUAUUGCAUUUACCUCUAAGCUUGAGCGAAAGGUAAGUUUACCUCUUAAAAAAUGCCCUUGUAAUUAUGGUUGUUAUAAAUUAAAUUUAUGAAUAUGAAGUGUUCAAAAGAUCAGUGCUAUAUUAGGUCAAGUUCAAUUUAAUUUUAUGAACAGCUCACAUUUAUCAGCUAGGACCAAACAUGUGCUUUCUAACCACUAGGCAAGCACAUCUUCAACAAUACAAUUACAGACAACACACUUUGAAAAGUAACUUUCUGUACAUGUUUUUUUAAUUAUCACUUUUGUCCAUUUCAUACUUGCAUAUUUAUCAGGUAAAGUCCUUCAAGAUUCCCAAGAAAGCAAUGCUAAACUAAAAGAAGAAGUUAAAGAGUUGAAAACCCAUCUGGACCAAAGAGGCAUCGAUGCAGCUUUAGCUGAUAUCUCAGUCAGCACUUCAGUAAAUGAUGACAGCCAGGACACAAUAAAAGAUCACGGAGAAAGAUAUUACUCAUCUAUGCUUGGGAGAAGUUCACAAAGCCAUGACUAUGUUAAUGUCACGACAGUUUCAGGACCCCAGUCACUGCCUGCAGAAUUUUCUUCCAUCUUAUGUGGAGAUUUUCACAUCAAGGUAUUAAAUAAUGCUCUGAUGCAGAAUUAACAGUUGGUUUUUAGUUUCUCUUCAACUCAUUUAUUUCAGACUUUGGAGAAUGGAGACUGGAUGGCUGCUCCUAAAGAAACCUGUACUUGCAAAAUGAAUGAAUGUCAUUCAACAAUGAUGUUGAGUUUACUUUUGUUGACCACAUUGCAGUACUAUUGUAUACUGAUUGUUGAGGAUAGAUACUGUAAGAAUCUAUGUCUAAACUUUUUCACUCUCAUACCCAUGAUCUAAAUAUCAAUUCAAGGUACAAUCUGCUAUACAUUUCUUAAAAAUUUGCCUAGUUUAUUAUACUUUUCCUUCUUGACAUCUUUUGUUCGGCAAAUGUAAUGUUAGUAUAAGGCAGAGCAUAGUACAAUUAGGAAACCUGCUCUAAAACUCUACUUGGAGGGAGGGGGGUUGUGAGUUGGGUUGUGAGUCACGAGGAACAAAUUUCUUAUUUUAGAGGAUAAAAGAUACUCGGAAAAAAGUAGACAAACCACUUUAUUCAGAAUUACUUUUCUCAUUCAAUACUUAGGGUGUGUAUUUGUUUGUGGUGUGAACACUGCAUGGUGUGGUUCAAACUAUUCUUGGCUCAACAUUUUUCAAACCAAUUUCGUUUUAAAUGUUUUUUUUCCUUAUUAAAAAUUUACUUCAGUUUAUGAUAAUAAGCACUCAAUUCAAUAUAAAGCUUUAAUUAAAGAGGGCAAUUUUUAUGUAAUUGUACUAAUGAAACCAAACCAUGUUGAACCAUGCCAUGCAAAACUUAUGCCUGCUCUCUAUGGUCAUGUACACACUGUAAUUACUAUAAGUGUUUGUUGUUAGCAGUAUUCUUAAGUAUUUAGUUUAAAUUUAAUUAGACAUCAAAGGACCCAGUAACUUAAAAGGAAAACCAUAAAAACAAAAUAAAAGAUAACAAGUUUAAAACAAAUUGAAAUAAGAAAAGAAAAAAAACAGCCUUCCCUGAAAAAAUGAAAAAAAAAUGAAAAAGAUAUAAUAUAUCAGCAUAUCUGAAAUGUGGAAAACAAAAGAAUUAAGAGACUGAAAGAAAAUUUGUAAAAAAAAAAGUGUAGACAUCAACAAUUGAACAAAAAAAGAAAACAAGAAAAAAAUAUGAACACAGAAAAAAUAAUGAAAGGAGUGAAUAAACAAAAAAAAAAUUGAAAAAAGAAGAAAAUGAAGGCUUAAUGCUGGGUCAUAGAUGUUUACUGAACAUAGCUUGCCUGUCGUAAAAUCUACUCUGUAUAUGUUUCUACUUUUGCUCAGUUACAUGAUUGUGCAGUACACUUUACUUAACCCUUUAACUCCUAGAAGUGAUCAACAUAAAACUUCUCCCUAUAUAUCUUUACAUUAUCCAGCAAACAAGUAAUAAGAAUAUUCGAAUUUAUCAGGUAGAAGUUGGCAACUUGAUCCAAUACAAAAUUCACACAACUAAAUUUACAAGGAAAUUUGCAGGUAGAGGGGAGAAUUAACAAUCAGAUCUUGGGAGUUAAAGGGUUAAUGUACCUUUUAAACGAGCUUGGUUCUCUUUCAGCAAGAUGCAGUAAACAAUUGAGACAGAUACUUUCAUGUAAUUUUGUGUGAAACUAAUCCAACAAGUUCCUUGAGAGAGGACAGAGGAGCAAACUUGAAGAUUUUUCUUGUUAGCAAAUCAGACUAGUCCUAUGCAUAAGCAGAUUCAACUCCCACAAGUGAUUAACAUGAAACUUCUCCCUACAAUCUCCAUUCAUUAUUCAGCAAACAGGUUACAAGAAUAUUCAAACUUAUCAGGUAGAAGCUGCCAUCUUGAUCUAGCACCAAGUUCUUAUAACUAAGUUACAAGGAAAUGUUUAGCAUCUAGAGGGGAGAAUUAACCUUCAGAUCAUGGGAGUUAAAGGGUUCAUUUCUUUGUACAUACAAAUUAUGAUCAGGGUUCAACUGAGGUUUCUCUACAGAGAUUCCUCGACUUUAAAGUUUAUGAAAUUCUUGUGUUUCAAAAGGAGUUACGUGAUGAGUUUGAACACAUUGGAUCUGAGCUAGAUCAAAUACAAAGAGGGACACACAAGCUUCACGAGAAUGUAAAACAGCUACCUGAUGAUGGCAGACAUGAAGCAGAGUUGCUGGGGAAAAUUGCACAAUUCAAUUCAAAGCUUCAUGAGUAUAUUAAGGAGGCUCGCACAAGGGAGACCCUAUCAAGUGCAUUAAUUACUGAAGAGGAAAAGUUGAAAGCAAAGCUUGCCGAAAUAGAGGCAGAACAGGUUUGUUAAUAUUGUGUCUGCUGUAUGUUUUUUGGGGAAUUAUGUAUUAAUGCACCCUGAAAUAUCUCAUGGUUUCAGAUUCCUUUUAUGGUAAUUUUGAUCAUCUGAAUAUCACUGCUGCAGAGGUCAUCAAUUUUGUUUUACAAAUGUUUUUGGGUGUGUGUGGUUGUGUUUCCUACCCUCUUUAAAGUAUGACAGAAACUUUCAAACCAGUAGAGCAAUCCUUUCACAUGUUGAAUUUGCAAGACAUGAGAGCAAUUUUAGGCAGCAGUAAGAGAUGCUACAAACAAUAAAUUUUACCAAAUACCACCUGAAAAAGAGAACGUUGCUUGAUCCAAAUUAGGUGACAAAACUGAUUGCUACUGAAUUUUCAGAAGAAAUGGAUAGUAUUCUUUAAAAAAAAAAAUAUAUAUUUGCAAAGUUUUAUGAUGAGCAAAAUUUGUGAAUAAAAGAAUAGAAAAAAGGUGUGCUUCUCCUUGUAGGCCUCCCAUGAAAAUGUGGUGCUUCAGUUGAAGAAUAAACUGGAUGAGAGCCGUGAAGAAAUGGAACAACUGCAAGAUGAAGUGAAACUCUUUAAAGAUGCUGUGUUUGUGGAAAGAGAGCAAGUAUCACCACUGGGAAACAGAAAUGAUCCUUUGUCAUUCCGUUCAAGAAAAAGUGCAUCCAAAUUACUAUCUGAUGAGGUACUGUCUGUUUGAGAGUUUUCAGUCCUUUUUUUUUUUUUUUUUUCUUUUUUUUUUAUGUAAAGUUAGUAGUUCACUUCCUUUUUACAUGCAGUAAAAGUUUUCAUUUCAAAGUAAUUUCAUCAUUUCCAGCUUACACCUUAAACACGUAAUUAAAAGUUUUUCAGCUGAAUUAUCAGCUAUGUUGCAUUUAAGUGCGUACAGGAGGUGGUUAUUGUAUAAUUAUGUAAGUGCAGGUGUGGCUUGAAUCCUUGAAUUAAUAUUUUUUGUACCAGUUUUAACUUUUUAAUUAUACAUGUGCAUUUAGCAAGACAGUAGUUUUCUCAGAUCCAGAGUCAGCCUUGUAUUUUUCCACUCCCUGUUCAAUAUAUUAUUUAUGCUGUCUGCAAAAAGAGGUAACAUUUCAAAGCUUGGGUUGGCUCUCUGCUUAUAUAACUAGGGUUCAAUAAUUGUGAAGACACCACUCUCCCAGUCUGGACCAGAAUCUUGUGAGACCUGUUGCCAGUUGAAGAGGCAAAAUGAUGAACUACAAAGACAGCUUCUAUUGGCCAAAACUGAAAAAGAUGAAGCACUAAAACUUAAAGAAGAGGUAACUGUGUGAUAUUUUAUUAUUUUUUAACACAUGUAUACUGUACAAGCAUGUUUUGAAUACCUCUGUUAUGACUAAUCUAUGCACAAAAAUUAAUUCCAGAUCCUGAAAAGACUUGUAAUUUAUUGUUAUUUUUUAACAUUUUUUUGGUUACUCAGUUGCUUUGUUUUGUUUUUUUGUGUGUUUGUUUGUCAGUGAUGGAAUCUGUCUUUCUUCUGGUAGGUUCUUGAUGUGAAUUACAAGUGGGAUGAACAAUACAAACUUCUGGUUGCAGCCUCAAAGAAAGACAUCAACGAAUUAAAGCAGCAAAUUGAAAUUUUGAGGUCUGGCAAUAACGGACAUUUCACAGGAGCAUUACUAACAGAAAAAAAGGUUUGCAGUAAUUGAUUGCUCAGUAAUUACUUGAAGUUUCAUUUCUGAAAGGCGGUUGCAAAACAAAUUGUACUGAUAUUGAUAGUGGGCUCUAGUGCAUACAUACAUGUGCUGCCAUAUGUUUACUGCCAAACAUUUGACUGGGGAAAAUAACUAUUGUUUUGACUAUUUUUAUUUUGAGACUUAGUAUUCGAUAGAAUAUAGAACAUAGAAAGCCAUUGAAACUUUUAGAAAAUUUAUGCGAUCUGUUAUGGCUAGAAUUUCACACAAAUGAGGUCUUCUAAAGGUGUACAGAUGUAUGCUGGAAUCCGCAUGAAUUGGACAGUGCUUGAGUUCUGACUAAGGUUAGGGAAUUUGUUCCUUGCACAAGACAUUUUACAGUAUGUGGUUCUUCUUAAAAACUUGUUACACAUGUUGGUACCAAUAGUGACAGUGUGCAUGCAAUGAACAUUCCAGGAAUUAGAAGAUCGCUGCAAACAAUUGGAAAGUGAGUUGCAAGAGAAACAGCUAGAAAUAAACAGCCUACAGCUUAUGAUGAGGAACAAGCCUGCACAUUUGGUAAGCUUUCAUGUGUCUAUACGCAAACCUCAGGGUGCAAUAUAAUCAAUCAACACAUAAUUUUUUGUGAUCUACACAUCCCACUAUAACAUCAAGAGGGCCCCCCUCCCCCUAUUGUAAGGCCUUUUUGUUACAUUAAGUUAAACAGGGCAUAGAGGUCAAUAUGACAGUUGGCAAGUACCCUCUGUUUGACACAGUGUAACCCCCCUUUGAAAACCAUUUGUGUUUGAACCUACAGUACAUGAAGAUUUCCAGCUAAUAAAAGCUUGUUUCUUUAUUGCUAUCUUUGCUGCUCAAAAGCCUCUACUUUAGAUCAAGUGAGAGAAAUUCAUAAAUUUCCACAGCAAGUUGUCUAACUGUUGCUUUAAGAUACUGUACAGAAAGAUAUUAUGCAUUGUAUUGUUGUCAAACUAUACUUUAAUACUUUAGCUGUACGGUAACAUGUGCAACUGAAGUGGAUGAGGGGAAUACAGUAUAUCCCUCCAAACAUAUUGCCAACUGUGAGGCCAAAAGACUUGAACUUACGGUAUUAAAUUUUGUGUCUAUGCAUUUGCAUGUCUGCAGAAUCUAGCACCCCAGCACUCAUCGAUGGAACAACUGCCUUCCCAUCUAUCCCUGCUGGGUGCAGCUGCACCACGCCCAGGUCCACCUUCCGAAGGUUCACCAUCCUGGCCUGGUACAACUGUUCUUGGACAGCAAAUCCCUGCAGAGGUUAUUGAUCAAAUAGAAGUUUUGAAACAACAGCUCAGAGUCUAUGCUGACGAUUUUGCCACUGAAAGAGAAGACCGUGAGAGGAAUCAGACAGAAAAAGAGAAGCUCAAAGAGGAAUUGGAUGCUGUGAAGGAGCAAUUACAAGCACUUGAGCAGCAGGUACAGUUUUAAAAAAAAUGGAAUAAAGGUGCUUUUGCAACAAAUGUUGGUGCAAUCCUAGUACAAGUAUCUACCUUGGAUAUGCCUUCCCAUCAGGUGACUGUCUACAUGGAAAAAAAAAUCCUUUACCAGAAUGUGUUUGUGAGAUUCUUUGUUGCUACAUUUUGUCUUGCUAAUGUGUUUGUAAUAACAUCAAUAAUCAUUGUUUGUGUGUAUCCUUUGUUUUGGUAACUGCCUUCUCUUAAUUCUGUCAUGAACACAAGCUGUUAAAGGGAUUUUUUUUCUAAUUGGCAAAGUAGGUCCUCGUGUAUGACACAUGUGCAUGUUUUUUUUUUUUUUUUUUUUUUAUCAGUAUUGAGGUUGCACCAAAAGCACAGCUAGUCACAUAAUGUUAUCUGUAGAUCUCACACAUGUGAACUUAGGGACCUUAAGCAGUCAGAAUUGACGAUACCAGGGAUGCUGUUGAAUGAAUUAACAUUGUGUGCAAUGUACAUGAGUUUAAAUUAUUAAGGAGUGAGACCUCAUCUUCAGCAUGACAUGUCACGGCAGAGUUGAGUUCUGAACAGAUAUCAUGUGGAAAGUUGGCUUUCAAUAUUUCCUUUCUCGAAACUGUGAAAAUUUACAUUUUGUCAGUGAUGUCAAGGAAACUAAAGCCUUUGAAAACUAACAUGCAAAAUUAUUGCUUUGUUUUGGUCUUAUGGGUGGUACAGUCUUUGUCAUGACUGCUUAAGGUCCUAAUUAAUAGGAUUCAAAACACGGUUGACAUCACAAUCAUGUUGACUUGUUUCCUCAGUCAGGGCCACCUGAUCCACAACUGUCAGUAACUCAGCUUGUCCUCUGGGACUAGCCCUCUCACACUGCUGAACACUCACUCAGCCGUAGGGUAGGUUCUGGAAGUGGAACAGUGGAUAGAGUUUAUAGUGUACAAUGCAAUUUCAGAAGCACAGGUGGCCAGCAUGUUUCAUGGUGGUGAAUGUCACAUGUCAAGUUCUCCAUAAUCUCAUUAUUACUAAUGGAAGAACUAAGAGACUUAUUUUUAACAGUGUAAUAACUGAUAGUACUGUAUUUAUUAUAUUGAUGUACGUUUUUGCAUGUACAUGGAAAUGUCACAAUUGGUCAAAAUUUUCGAGAACAACAUGUUAUAAAGCUCAGAACUGGUAUUGAAUGUUCAAGUCAAGUAUAUAAACAUUGUUUUUCCUUGGUGCUCUUAAAAAAAUUUGAUGCAAGUACUUUUCAAUAGUGAUUGGAAAAUGUUAUUUGUUUUCUUGGAGACAGACAAAUGUACAUGCACAAUUCUGUACAAGCAAUAUGUGUUUUAUCAAGUUGCAGAGUUUUUAAGUGUGAUUGAUCAUAAAGAUAAUAUUCACCUUGGUUUCCCUUUAAAAAGUAAUUGCUUGGGGUAUGUGCUUGGGGGCAGGGUUUAUUGUGUAGUGACCAUAGCUUAUUAUUCAUAUUCCCAUAACAUACUAAUCACUAAUCUUUCAUUUCGAAACAAUUCAUGUGGGGGCAACAACUAAGUAGCUAAUUAUUUUGUUGUUUAUAAAACAACCUUAUUUUAGAACAAUAGAGGCUUCUUCAUCCUCUUUAUAAUUCUGGUGGAUUUUUAUUAGAUUUCCUUGGACAUUUUAGCAAUAUUGCUUAACGAGGAAUUAUAAUAAUGUUUUUCUUUAAUGCUUAAUCCUCUCUAACUCUUCAGUAUCUGCUUGAUGUUCAUGGAAACCAAGGAAGCAAAUUAUGUAGUCUUACCAGUUAAAAACGCAUCUUGUUGUGUUUUUUCGUAGCUCCAGAUAUACGAAGAAGACUUCAAAAGAGAGAAGAGGGAGAAAGAAAGCCUUCAGCAACAAUUAAGAGCUAAACAAAGUGCAGUAAGUUUUUCUUUUUCUUCUUCUGACGUAUGAAACCCGAAUGACUAUGUCUCAGCAGUUAUACGUGUACUUGCGUUUUUGGGAUAUGCGGGGACAUAUAUAUGAAGGUGGGAAUAAUGUCACAAGGUUUCAGAGGAGCUUAUACAUAUACAAAAUGUACGCUUUGCUGUUCUUCAUAGGGUGGUUACUCAUACAAUGAUCCGUUGGCACAGAAGGCCAGGGCUGUAGCUGAACAGCAGGCCAGGGUCCAGGCCAUCAAAGAGGUACACGACCGAGAAAGGGACAGGCUGUUAAGAGGACAAACCGAGUUACAGCAACAGGUUUAUGAUCAGGUACUAGGUCCAAGCUCAAGUUCGUUUAAGUCGCCAUUUGUCGACCUGAAUCAAUCAUAAAAUGGUCGCCUGAGUUAAAUCUUGGUUUUCAGAAAAGAUGUGUUCUAUAUUAUGUACUAAACCGCUUACUGUACCACUUAUAGUUAGAGUAAACAGUACGGCUGGCAUUCGUUUUCAAAUAUUCAUAAGGCAUCUCCAAAAACAAAUCUCUGUACUUUUGAAAGUCAGGAAAAAGAGGCAAAGUUUUAUCGAAGAGAACAACAAAAGUAGUGAAGUAUUUGGUGAAAGUGUUUAUGUCACCAUCACUAAGUUGACUUGAGACCAUAAAAAUAAGUUGUCAGAAAGGUACAACUUGUGGUCGCAGUUUAAUGCGCUGAAGUAACAUGUAGUAACAGUUUUAUCAUUACCAGAAUUCUCCAAAGGUUUUUCUUUUUCAUUUAUUUGAAAGCUGCAUCCUUUGUUUUCCUCACCAGCCAUACAGUCGUGCUCGAUCCCAGUACAAUCCUUAUGGAAGAUAUGGCCAGGAUUACACAAACCAUGAAUUGAAGCGGCCUCUUUUGGUCCCAAGGGUAAGGUUUUUUAAUUCAGUUUCCACAGUGGUUUAGUAUGCGCGUUAUCCAUGUUAUCGCAUUGUAUAUAACUGUAGUUAUAGCGAUUUAAACUCGAAGGUAAUCCGGAAUUUCUUGGGUUACACUAUGAGAUUGGUUUAGAAAACUUGUGCCAUUUCCUCAGCCGAUCAUAUUCAAAACUAAAUGAAUCGCGAUUUGGUCAGUCGCGCUUUCCCGCGCUAUAAGCACUUGUGAAUUGUUUUAACUUUGAAUUUCAUCAAUAGUUUCCUUUUCUUUGAUUGGCUAUGGUGAUUACGUUUGUUUUGGUCUUACGUCACUGAGUCGAAAAACGCUCAAAGACAACAAAGCUAAUAAGGUGUUAUAGGUCUCGCUUCCCGUCGUUUCUCGUCCAUGAUAUAAUGGUGCAUGUAGGUAGAUGAACUGCACUGUUCCCGUUGGUACCAGAAAGUGUUAAGGAUGCUUUUGGAGUCGCAGUCCUUUCAUACUCUCACUUUCAGAAGGCAUACCCAACCGGCGGCUCCUUAUGGUCGCCAUGAGAAGAUGAGUCAAAGCAGUGUUGCUAGAGCCUGUAUUCACCCGGUAUAGUUUGUUGCGCAGAGCUAUAACAGCAAACCGUCUCUAAGUAUUCCCGGACAUUUGAAGUGCUACUCUAAAUCGUUUUAGUUACUCAUAGUGGCAUUUCUCUUCCGCAUCGUGUAGGGUACAAUGCAUCCUUCUCAUGGAUUAAUCACACAUCCUACAAGUCAGCAGGCAACCAGAACUUCCAUUUACCAUGGAGGAGAAGUUUACCCAGACACAGUGCGAGACGUUAUAGAUUCCCCUUUGGAUGGAAACGAUGUCGAAUCAGAUUCAGGUGUUAGCAGCAAGGAGGAGGUGGUUGGACUGGAAGAAUGCCCUCGCUGCUUGAGGAAGUUUAAUGGAGAGGAUAGCGACGCAAUUCUCAAACACAUCGAGAGGUGCAUCUCCUAAGGUGGCUCAACAGUUUGCGGUACUUUUUCAGAUUGUUUCGAUGUAUCAGCACUUUCACCCUGUAUCGGUCUGUGCUAAAACAUUGGUAACGAGCAGAUGUCUGAUCAUUGGGUUGUAUGUCCUCAUCGUCCCGCGUGUUUAAGUGAUGUUUAAUUGUAUAUUACACAAUGAAAACGGCGUUAGUUCUUGCCCUCAGUGAUUGUAAAAUUGUAUUUAGUAAGCUCGGGGUACAAGUCUUUGAUUACAAAAAUGAAGUCGUUCGUUCUUUCCCUCAGUGAUUAUAAAAUGUUAUCAAGUAAGCUGGGGAGUACAAGUCUUUGAUUACAAAAAUGAAGCAUUUAGUUCUUUCCCUCAGAGAUUAUUAAAUGUUAUCAAGUAAGCUCGGGAGUACGAGUCUUUGAUUACAAAAAUGACGUGGUUAUUGAAAAACGCAACUUGUUUAGGUCUUGAAAAGUAGAGGUUUAAGUUUAAUCUUACUUUUUUAACGAGAAAGUGUCGAAGCUAAUGGUGGCUUUGUGAUUGGUAUAAUGAUACGCGGAGAAAGAGACAUUUAUUUAAGUCUUUGAUUACAAAAAUUUAGUAUUUAGUUCUUUCCCUCAGUGAUUAUUAAAUGUUAUCAAGUAAGCUCGGGAGUACGAGUCUUUGAUUGCAAAAAUGACGUGGUUAUUUAAAAACGCAACUUUUUUAGGUAUUGAAAAGUAGAGGUUUAAGUUUAAUCUUACUUUUUUUAACGAGAAAGUGUCGAAGCUAAUGGUGGCUUUGUGAUUGGUAUAAUGAUACGCGGAGAAAGAGACAUUUAUUAACCAAUGAUUGGACAUCCGUUUGAUGCUCUUGUUUUAUCAUCGGCCAAUUCAGAGUGGAAGUAAUAGCACAUCGAAUCAUAAGUACUGCGAACUGCUUUGAGCCACCACAUGGAAACGAUGUGGCCUCGAUGUUUUUGAGGGGGUGGAGUUAAUUUUGAAUUUAUUCACCAACUCAAUGGAAAGUAGGGCAUAUUGCCCCACAUUCAAUAAUUUUUGUGAUCAUGGUUUACACAGUUACACAUAUUGUCUUUGUUUAAACUUAACGUUGAAUAUCUGUUUUUUCAAUUUUUUUUGUCACUAUUCAUAUUUGAGUUGCUUGAUAGAACCUGCACAAUUUAUAUUUCAUACGAAGUUCAGAUUUGUUAAGGUUUUGUUGGGAGAUUAGAACAUUUGGUGGUGUGUUUUGAGUGAUAUUUUUGACACUAGCUAUACUUAUUAAGACUACAUAACCAUGUUAAUCAGAGAAGUUAGAUACAGUUUUUUAAUGCGCGUGACAACUCAUGAAGUGUGCGAAUGCACAGAAGGGAGAUUAUGUUACUUCCGCAAUCGUUGUCUUAAUUCCAUGUCUUCAUGUAAUCCCUUUCAGUUAAUUUUAGGGAAGUUAAUUUUUUUUUUUUUUGGUACAAUUGUUAGAAAGGUUUGCCAUGUGAGAGGAAGAGAAACUGGAUUCUCGACCAGCGUGCUUUUGCUUUACUCGGCAAUUGAAAGCAUCCUUUUUCAGUUUCACUUCACAACAUAUAGUGACUAGGUUUAUUCUGCAUUUUUAGGCCGUUUAGCAGAAUCCGUGCAACGUGUGAAGAUAUUUUAUAGCAUACAGUCAUUUGAAAUCGAUAAUAUCACCUUUGCAACUUGAAAUUUGAUUUGGUUUCCACCAUCACAGGAAAUCGCAGCGAAACAACAGGUGGUCAUUUAUUUUCAAAAAAUUAUGUACUCAGAGCUUUGGUUAAAGGAAAAUGUGCCUAAAAAAAGUUCUCGGGGAAAAUGACCAAAGGGCUGAUUCGGAGCCAGAUCCGAGACCUUACAGCCUAUACAAUGGCUCAAUGUCGACCUUAAAAAUUAUUGCACAAUGCAAUCCCAAGCUUAGAUAAUCGAAAGCCUUAAACUAAAAUUCUACUCCAUUCAAGGGCUGAGGCCCAGGGCGUGUUGUUCUCAUGCCGCAGAAAUAUUUUAUUUCCGCUUAAUUUGUCGUAUUUUUAAUCGUUGAAAACUUGGACUUAAAUGGUUGCCAGGUAUCUCGCGCCAUCUCUUAAUUUUUAUCUUGAGUCAUGAAAUGUUCCCAGUCGAUUGUUUGUUUAUUUUGUGUUUGUUUUGUUUGAGGAAGUUUUGGUUUGUUUCUUGUCGCUGUUUUGACACCGAUCGAUUUUUUUGACUUAAAUUUUUUUUAAUAAUUGAACUUGCAAGGUUUACAACUUUUACAAGUACUUCUCUAUGUGUAAAUUCUCAAGAGAUCCCUGAAAGAUUCUAAAAUGAGGUUAUUGAAAGUAACAGCAAUGAUUUACAACGAAAAAAUAGCAUUACAAUGAAAUAGCUAAUCGUUUCCAUGUUUUAACAGUUACAUCUAUUUUUCGUAGUUGCGGUGUUUUCGAAAUUUACACCCUUCUUCCUAUUAUUAUUGUCUUUGUGGUUUUUGUUGUCCUUGUUGUUCCCGUUCCUGUUCAGUUCCUGUUUACUUUCACCGUUUGUUGGGUUAACGGAAUAGUAUCCGUUGAUCGUGCAUGAUUUGUAGGAUGUGUUGUGUGAAGAUUAGUUGUAGAAGAGUAAGACAUAGCAGUGUUAUCAAAUUUAUAAUUGUAGAGAUAUUUUUUGUGGAUAGCUGAAAAAUCAUAACGAAAACUUGAAAAAACGCGCCAAAAAAAUCUUAAAACAAGCUCCUGCGGGACAAAAACGAAAAAAAAAUUACACCGUUUUCGUGAAAAAGUUAAAAAUUCUUUUAGAAGGAGGAAUAAGUUAACGAAUCAGAUUGGUAGAAGGGGGGGUAGCGUCAUUCGAGAAAAUUUACCUUAAGCGAGUACUAGUGUAAAUCAUGAGACUUACGAUCGAAUAUGUCUUUAUUGAAGCUUAGACGGGCAAGUUAAUUUAAAGGGGAUCAUUUCAGAACAGCAGUUACAAGAGAUUUUAGAGCUAUCAAUACUACUUCGUUUGAAGUAGUAUUGAUAGCAUGUUACGAUUUUUCAAAAUUUACUCAUGUAGUGCGGUCUUAGAGAGUUGUACUUCGUUGUUUUGCUACAAAGCGUAGAUGUCUUUUACGUUUAUGUGUUGAUUAAGAAUUAAUCAAUACAUUUGCUUACUCAGGUACCCGAACGUACUUAAGGGUAUAUUUAUUUUUGUUCAGUUCGUUUUUUUAGUUUGGGGCGACUGGUUUGCUACUACUUUCAGCAAACUUGCUUUACAUUACUUACCCAAAGAAAGCAACAGUUAAAUAAACUGCCAAGAUCAAUACAGAACAAGAGCUGUAGAAUAAAAAAAAAAAAAAAAUUCAAAAAAAAAAAAAAAAAAAAAAUCAAAAAUCCCAAAAAUUCCUAAAAAUUCCCAAAAAAAAAAAAAAAAACUCAGAGAGUGGGAUGUAAGAAGAGAAAUACAAGUAAUGUCUUCUUAAAAACGGGUUAUUCAUCUCGGGUUUAUGAAUAAAGAUAUUCCCGUCACAUAAAUCCCAUUAACUAAACCUGUAGUUUACAGCUACGAAUGUUUUAAUACUUUUUUUUAGGAUCCACUAUAUUAUGGUUCCUUAAUUGUUAUUUUGCUUUUUUUGUAGCUUAGGAUAUUGUGCUUGCGGAACGAAAAAGUUCCACAGUUUAAUUAAACAGGCAGCACAAAAAAGAAAAACAAAAAACAAUAAAAUGUGGUGAAAAUAAAUUCGUGUUUUGAUUUAUUACUUUUACGUCCUCAAGUCUUUUGAAAUCGUUAGGUGACUUUUUGGGAUCUGGAACUUCAAGGAAAGAGUUUCAUGUAUUUUCUAAACGAAAGAGGUGGAUAAAAGGUACAGAAAUUACGUCUGGAAAGUUUUUUCCGAUAGUAAGAAAUUAGGUUGAGACAUUCUGCAAGAUAAUGGUGCCAUUUUACGUCAAAUCUUUAGUCUAAUCUCUGUCACCUUGCUUCCCGUAAAUCUCUGAGAGGUCAAAUAGAAGAACUCAGGAGCGAAAUAUUUUGGAUUAAAUACGCACGGAUACGUUUGAUUGAACAGCUCGGGUCUAAGAGGACGAUUCUUCAGGUAGCCCGAUCACUGAAGAACUCGAAUUUGUGAUCAGUGACUGGAGUAGAGUGGCGAGAAACUGUUGGUCUAACAACUUUUUUUGUUGUUUUUGAUUUUUCCAUUUUGUUAUUCCAAUAAGUACAAAUAUACAUCUAAACCAUUUCCUACUGGAAAAAAAGAGAACAAGGAUAACUAACUAAUGCCUCAGCGAGUACUUUAGUUCAAAGGACCAGAGCUCCAGUUCAAACAAACGUGAUUGUUGAUGAUAAUAGGAGAUAGUUUCAACCUUCAUUCAAUAUCAUUGACCAUCAAUCAUAUUUGCGUUCAAACGGUUCAUGAUAGUUGAUGAUCGAGUAAUUUUAAACAAAUAUGGUGCGCGCUGAGGUCAGCAAUUUUGGUGGUAUUUAAAAAUUUUAGUCAAGAAGUUACGAUUUGGAGAUACUGAAGCCUACCGGGAGAUGAUGACAAUUGUAGUGUAUUGCGUUACAUAAGGUCACAUAGCGUCACUACUGAAAGGAACUUCCAGUCGUGCCAUAAAUAUACUCUCCUAAGUGAAAGUAAAACAGCUGAUUACGAGUGUUGUACGC